AUGUGGGGAGCUCUGCUGGUGGACUGCACCAGUGGAGACUGUAGCGCGCGUCAAAGACCGUCACUUUUGGAGCCGUUGAUUGGCGCAGAUAGUCACGUGUUUUUGCUUCACGCUGCCAAGAGAUCUGAUGAUGACGUAGACGCGCUCUGGGGCGGAUUUAAGAGCGUACACGUGUUGGAUGACGUGAGCACGGCCUGUAACUUGUACCGCUUCAAACAGGCGCUGGACGCACGCGACAUCUGCGCAGUGAGAGUGCGCACAUCUGCGGCGGGGCGGGCGCGGCUGGAGGCGUACGUCCAGCUCCUGUUCACGGCGGUCUACAGCUUUGACUUUGAUCUGUUUGAGGAGGAGGAGUCCGGCUUUGGAGGCGGGGCUCCAGGGGCACGCGCGUGUGAGAGCCGCGCGCACCACACGGACACACGCGCCGAUGCACGCGCUGACGAAGUGCGCAAAGAUGUGGCGCAGUUUAUGCAGCAGCUGCCAGCGCUAAAGGGACAGGUGUCCGUCAGCAGGUCCUCCCUCAUCCCAGAUAUCUUUGGCCAUGGCUUCAGCUCUCGAGGAGGUGGGAUCUCCUACAUCUCCACUCUCUCCUCCCUGAACCUGUUCAGCAGCAGCAGGAGGAAGGACCCUGUAUCUGUGGUGGAGGAGAACAGGAGGCGCCUGGCCCUGGAGGCAGGGUUCAACCACAAAGACCUCCUCUUUCCUAAGGUGGACCAUGGCAGUACCAUGUGUGUUACCAUGUGUUGUACCUAUGUGGUUCCAUGUGUGACCCUCCUCUCCUGCAGGUGGACCAUGGCAGUGGACCAUGGCAGUACCAUAUGGGUGCUGGGGCAGCCGGAGCCUCAGUGUUAUGACGGGAUGGUGACAGACCGGACGGGGGUGGUGCUGGCUGCUCCAGGAGCCGACUGCCUCCCCCUGCUGUUCUGUGACCCUGAGAAAAGGGCUAUAGGAGCUACACAUACAGGCUGGAAAGGCACCCUGCUGGGGGCGGCCGUGGCCACAGUGCAGUGUAUGGAGGAGCAGUUCCAGUGUGAGGCGAGGGCCCUGCGUGUGGUGGUGGGGCCCUCAGUGGGGGUCUGCUGCUACACUCUGCCCCAGGACCAGGCCCUCGCCUUCAGCCGCAUCCACCCAGACUGUGUCCCGGACCCCGAGAGCCCCCAGCCCCACAUCAACCUACGCCUGGCCAACAGGGUGCUUCUGCAGAAGGGUGGGGUUUUGCCGGAGCACAUUCACGACAACACAGUGAGCGACGGAGCGGAGGUCACGGCCUGCACCUCCUGCCAGCCCCACAAAGAAAAACCAUCUGAUUCUGAGAAACACACACCAUCAGAGGACCUCAGUGGAACCAGCAACACCAUCAGAGGAGCUCACUGUGGAACCAGCAACACCAUCAGAGGACCUCAGUGGAACCAGCAACACCAUCAGAGGAAGUGGAACCAGAAAGACCAAAGCCUUCCGUUCUACGUCAUUAAUAAAGCUGCCGAUCACUGCAACAUUAUCUGCAGUGAAUGA